AUGCGUCACUCUUACUCGCAACUCCUCGCAGUCUUCUGCGGAGUCCUUCUAGGCACAAGCCAAGCCGUUGCCGUCCCCCGGGGAGGCACGUGCAAGAAAACCAAGGUCGCUAUCCUUGGUGCCGGUGUGGCUGGAAUCACAGCUGCCCAAACCCUCUCCAACGCCUCCAUCCAUGACUUCCUGAUUGUUGAGCACAACGACUACGUCGGUGGACGCUUAAGGAAGACCUCCUUUGGCGAAGGCCCCGACGGCAAGCCACUGACGGUUGAGCUCGGUGCCAACUGGGUCGAAGGUCUUGAGUCUGAGAAGGGGAACCAGAACCCCAUCUGGCGUCUCGCUCAGAAGCACGGUAUCAAGAACACCCAGUCAAACUACACCAAGCUCCUUACCUAUGACGAAAAUGGGCCUGCCAAUUUCUCAGAAGAAAUCGGCGAGUUUGAUGAGAAGCUCGAGAUUGCCAUGGCGGAUGCUGGUCUCAUCCUGAAGAACAACCUCCAAGAUACGUCGACACGUGCAGGUCUUGGCCUUGCUGGCUGGAGACCUGGUCGGGACAUGAAGAAGCAAGCUGCUGAGUGGUGGGGAUGGGACUUUGAGAUGGUGUAUCCUCCUGAGCAAUGCGGCUUUUUGUACACCAUUGCUGUGCAGAACGCUACUUUCGACCACUUCAGUGACGAGACGAAUCUUGUCAUCGAUCAGCGUGGCUUCAGUGCCUGGCUCCUUGGAGAGGCGGACGAGUUCUUGAAGGAGAACGAUCCCAGACUACUGCUCAACACCACCGUCGACAAGAUCGCCUAUGAUACAAAUGGUGUCAAAAUCAUCACCAAAGACGGUGACUGCAUUGAAGCCGACUACGCCAUCUGCACCUUCUCCGUCGGAGUUCUUCAGAACGAUGUCAUCACCUUUGAGCCUGAGCUACCCCGAUGGAAGCAAGAGCCUAUCCAACAGUUCCAGAUGGGUACCUACACAAAGAUCUUCAUGCAGUUCAACGAGUCUUUCUGGCCCAAGGAUACUGAGUUCUUCCUCUACGCCGAUCCCAAGGAGCGUGGCUACUAUCCUCUGUUCCAAGCACUGGACGCCCCUGGCUUUGUCGAAGGUUCCAAUGUGCUCUUUGGAACAGUGACGGGAGAGCAGUCGUACCAUGCCGAGCAGCAGUCUGAUGAGGAGACGUUGGAAGAGAUCAUGGAGGUUCUUCACACCAUUUUCCCUGGUACGGAGAUCCCUAAGCCCACGGCUUUCAUGUACCCCAGAUGGAGUCGGGAAGAGUGGGCAUUUGGAUCCUUCAGCAACUGGCCCCCAGGUAUGACCCUGGAGAAGCACCAGAACAUGCGAGCCAACGUCGACCGUCUCUGGUUUGCCGGCGAGGCCAAUUCUGCGCAGUUCUUCGGUUACCUCCAGGGCGCCUAUUUUGAGGGCCAGGAGAUUGGCGACCGGAUCGCCAGGAUCAUUGGAGGCAAGGACACUGAAGUAGCCCUCUAG